GAAAACGACAAGAAAAAAAAGCAUCAGGAUGGAGUUUGAUUCCGGUUCCGCUGAGCUGAACCAACGAAUAGACGAAUGGUUGCGCUGGGAUAAGAACGAAAAGAAUUCGCAAGAGAUUCGCGAUCUGGCGCAGCGUGGUGAGUGGAAGGUGUUGGGAGAUCGGUUGCUGCAACGGCUGACGUUCGGUACGGCCGGUUUGCGUGGUGUGAUGCAGGCUGGGUUUAAUGCAAUGAACGAUCUCGUGGUCAUACAGUCGGCUCAAGGAUUGGCCAAAUAUUUGCUGCAGUGUUAUCCGACGGAGGAGGAACGGUCGCGUGGUGUUGUGCUGGGAUACGACGGACGGUACAACAGCAAAAGAUUUGCCGAGCUAAGUGCUUGCGUUUUCCUGAACGAAAACAUUCCAGUCUGGCUGUACAGUCGUACCGUUGCGACACCGUUCGUCCCGUUUGCCGUACUGGAGCUGAAAUGUUUGGCCGGCAUUAUGGUAACGGCGUCACACAAUCCGAAGGAAGACAAUGGUUACAAGGUGUACUGGACGAACAGUGCACAGAUCAUACCACCGCACGACAAAAACAUACAGACAUCAAUUAUGGAGAAUUUAGAACCACUCGAAACCUCCUGGAACCUGGAGCUGCUACUUUCGGACAAACUUAACGACCCGUACGACCAGAUGGUGGAGCUAUACUUCCGCAAACUACAAGCGAACGUACCACGUCCAUUCAUCGCCGACUACAACACCACCAGCCCGCUCCGUUUCGUCUACUCCGCCAUGCACGGCGUUGGCUAUCCAUUCGUCGUGAAAGCGUUCGAAUGUGCCCGACUGCCCGCGCUCAUUGCCGUACCGGAACAGCGUGAUCCCGAUCCGGAGUUUCGCACGGUAAAGUUCCCGAACCCGGAGGAGGGCAAAUCCAGUCUGGUACUGUCGAUGCAGCUUGCCAACGAAACCGGAUGCGACGUGAUACUGGCUAACGAUCCGGACGCGGAUCGGCUGGCUUGUGCCGAAAAGGAUGCCAAAGGUGAAUGGCGUGUUUUCAGUGGAAACGAGCUCGGUGCACUGUUGGGCUGGUGGGCUAUACGAUGCUAUCGGGAACAGUACCCGGACCGAAGUCUGUCCGAUUGCUAUCUUAUAGCGAGCACGGUAAGCAGCAAGAUGUGCCGUUCGAUUGCGAACGUUGACGGGCUACACUUUAUCGAAACACUGACCGGAUUCAAGUGGAUGGGCAAUAAAUCGGUGGAACUGCUCGCCCAAGGUAAAAGCGUACUGUUCGCAUUCGAGGAAGCGAUCGGAUUCAUGUUCUCCCCAACCGUGCUCGAUAAGGAUGGCGUCAGUGCGGCUUGUCAUCUUGCCACGAUGGCUUGCUAUCUGCGGGCCACCUCCAACCAAUCGCUAGCCGACAAGCUAAACGAACUGUACGACAUUUACGGGUUUCAUUGUACGUUCGCUUCGUAUCACUUCUGCUACGAACCACCCGUCAUCGAGCGGAUCUUCAAGCGGAUUCGCAACAUGGAAGCGGAUGGUGUACAAGACCAACGCUACCCACAAUCGAUUGCCGGCGGUCGGUUUAAGAUAGCGGACGUGCGGGAUCUUACUACCGGUUACGAUUCUUCCCAACCGGAUGGGCGUGCCGUACUGCCCACGAGCAAGAGUUCUCAGAUGAUAACGUUUUCGUUUGAAAAUGGUGCGGUCGUUACGUUGCGCACGAGUGGCACGGAACCGAAAAUUAAGUAUUAUGCCGAAAUGUGCGCCCAGCCAGGACAACGUGACUGGAACGGUUCGAAGGCAACAUUGCGCGAGAUGGUGGACUGCAUCGUGGAGGAGUUGCUGCAGCCGAAGGAAAACAAUCUCACACCAAGAUCCGAUUAAAUCAUUCUCUAGGCGGGUUU